GAAGCAGUUUGAUCAUUACAGCAGAACUAAACCAGGUGACUUCCCAGGAUGCCUCUGCGUUGUCGUGCCAGCCACAUGUUUCUGCUCUUAUGUGCUCUUUCCUUGUGUGUUGAGUCCGUGAGCGGCGGCACCAGCUUCCUCAGUCCUACUCAGAAACCACAGGGUCGGAGGCCACCACGGGUGGGCAGAAGAGAUGUUGCGGAGCCAGAGAUCCCAGUGAUUAAAGAGGAUGACCAAUUCAUGAUGAGUGCUCCGUUCGAACUGUCUGUGUCUCUGAGCGGAGCUGAGUAUGAGAAAUAUGGUCCUGUGCUGCAGAAGGUUCUGGUCGAUCUUCUUAGCGAUUACCCACUUGAAUUCUGACAAGAGCUACAAGUUCUACAAGAUUCAACUCCUUAUAAACCAUUAAAAAUGUUUGUAAAGUAGAAAUUGUAAUAAUUUUCCAACACCACAAUUUGACAAAAUAAAGAAUGACAA